AUGUCUGCCUCGCUCCCCGGCGACCGCGAGCUGCCGCGCUCGCAGUACGAUCUGUCAACGUACUUUGGCCGAGUUCAGCACGCCAUUACGCUGACUGACCCGAGCACGCUCUUCGCCGGACACGCGGGCCUCGAAAAUGCCAAGCAGCUGGUCACAAAGUACAAGACGGGCGAGAUUAAGGAGAUGACGCCCGAUCUCUGGAACGCCAAAAAGAUUGUCGACUCGACCCUUCACCCUGAUACUGGCGAGCCCGUUUUCCUGCCCUUCCGAAUGUCCUCGUUCGUCCUGUCCAACCUCGUCGUGACGGUCGGCAUGUUGCAGCCCGGCCUCGGCGCCCUGGGCACCGUCGGGUGGCAGGUGGCCAACCAGUCGCUCAACGUGGCCGUCAACAGCUCCAACGCCAACAAGUCGUCGCCGAUGACCACCGCGACGCUCGCCAAGUCCUACGGCAUUGCCGUGACCGCCUCGUGCUCCGUCGCGCUCGGCCUCAACGCGCUCGUGCCGCGUCUGCGCGUCUCGCCGUCGACGCGCAGCGUGCUGCGGCGACUGAUCCCCUUCGCGGCCGUCGCCUCGGCCGGCGCGCUCAAUGCGUACAUCAUGCGGCGCGGGGAGAUUGCCACGGGCAUCGACGUGCGGCCGGUCAUUUCGGAGGAGCGCAAGCGGCAGCUGCAGGCGGAGGGCCGGUCGGAGCGCGACGCGGUGCCUUCGCUGGGGCGCAGCCGCAAGGCGGCCAAGCUCGCCGUGUACGAGACGGCGGCGAGCCGCGUCUUCAACAACAGCCCGAUCAUGAUCAUCCCGGCCAUGGUGCUCUACCACGUGCAGGAGAAGCAGGCGUGGUACCGGCGGCUGAUGGCGCGGCCGUGGGUGCAGGCGCGGCCGAACGUGGCGAUGCUGGUGCCGAUCGGCCUCAACCUGGGCCUCAUCACGGUGGUGUCGUUUGCGGCACUGCCGCUGGCGCUCGCCGUGUUCCCGCAGCAGCAGGAAAUCAGCGCCGACAACCUGGAGCCCGAGUUCCACGGCAAGGGCGGCGACGGAGGCAAGGUUUGGUUCAACCGCGGGCUGUAA